AUGGCUGAAAACCUGCCAUCCAACACCGUACCAAAAGCAAUGGUCGUCAUAAACGAGUUCUUCAGCGAAAGUAUGGCAAAACCAGACACAGGAACUGUGCCAUCCACGUUCAGGCAAGCUGCCGAAGGUGCCAGUCACCACAUCUCUGGUCGAUGUGAGGAAAAUAAAGACAAUGACGAUGAAAAUCUGUCUGACACAAGCGAUGCUGCUGCUGAGAACAGUCAGACAAUCGAUAUCGGCCCUGGUGAGUUUGAUGCCUACGCCAUUGCAUACAUAUGCAAAGAACAGACUAUUCGGAUAACGAAAGCUGCGGUAGAGACGGAAAACAAACUAAAGGCAACUAAAAUGGCGCCCGACAACAGCAACGAUGACGACAUUCACUUGGCAAGACGUGGCUCAAUCCAUAAUGGAACUGAAACUUCAACUUUCAAGGCAAAUGACAGCAACCUGCACACACAAGCCAGGGAUCCGAACCCGAUGUACUCAGAAAACGACGUUAACCCCAAUCCGAUGUACCUGCAAAGCACCAUGGAGCCAAACGCCAGCCCUGGUCCCGCCAGGAAUCCGAACCCGAUGUACACACAUAACGCUACGAAAACUUCUCCGACGCACUCCAGAAACGACGCUAAUUCAAAUCCGAUGUACCUGCAAAGCACCAUGGAGCCAAUCACCAGCCCUGGACCCGCCAGGAAUCCAAACCCGAUGUACACACAUAACACUACGAAAACUUCUCCGACGCACUCCAGAAACGACGCUAAUUCAAAUCCGAUGUACCUGCAAAGCACCAUGGAGCCAAACGCCAGCCCUGGACCCACCAGGAAUCCGAACCCGAUGUACACACAAAACGCUACGAACCCUCAACCGAUGGACGCCGAAAACGACGUUAACCCCAAUCCGACGUACCUGCAAAGCAGCCCUGGACCCACCUUCAAGUCAAAUAAGAGUGAUGACAAUCCCUGCACCCAGACAUCAGCUGAUACACAUCAGCAAGCCUUCUCCAGGCCAGCGACUAACAACGGUUCAGAAGACACUCAAGCAAGCCUGUCCUCCCAGAAUCAACCAGCGGCGGCAUCAAACAAAAUCAAUGACGCCAAUGAUGUCCUGCAUGCACUCGAUCCAAAUCCGAUGUACGCUGCCGCAGACAUGUGCCAGGGUGACUUGGACCGGAACACAGCUUCAGAAGACACUCAAGCAAGUCUGUCCUCCCAGAAUCUACCAGCGGCGGCUUCAAACAGCAUCAAUGACGCCAAUGAUGCCCUGCAUGCACUCAAUCCAAAUCUGAUGUACGUGCCAAACGUCCAGCAUCCUGCAGCGCACGGUGAUUAG